CGAAACCCAACAUUUACUCUCUCCUCCAUUUUCUCCCCGGGCUAGAUUUUGUCUCUCUCUUCUUUGAAGAAACUCCACGAGCUAUGGGAUAUGGCGGAUUUCAAAUCCAUUCGGACCCUCAUUUAUGUUGAAUUUUCGGAUUGCUCCCAGGGAAAAAAGUAUUCUUUUUCUCCAUUGAUCUGUGAUUAGGGUUUCAGAUCAUUGCCUGUUGUUUCACUGCUAAAUUUUGUUAUUCUUUUUUUGGUAUACAGGGAAAGAUUCUUUUGUAUAUUUUACUCGUAUAUAUUUUUUGUUUUUAUCUUUUGAUACAAAACAGAUCAUCUGUAGGGGGAGAUCAUUUUGAUUCUUAUUGUUGUUUAUGACAAUAGGUAAUUUUUUUUGUUUUGGGGGGAAAUAAGGUAAUUUUCAUUGCUGAUCUUUCAGAAUUUUAGGGUUCUUCAGGAAAAACUCUAUGAGAUUUUAGGUGAGUUUGUUUUAUUGUCAUCCGAAAAUUGAGAGUUUUGCCGUUGAAUCUUGCACAUAAAAAAGAGAGAAAUUUCUUUAAGUAGAGACAUAGGGGGAGUUAUAACAAAAAAAAAGUGUUAAUCUACUCUUUUUCAUCAUUUCAUGCCUUUUCCUUUAGGUUUAAUCUAAAAAAAGUAGAACAGAAAUCUAGUGUCCUAGAUAGAUUUGAAAAUGGCCUUGAACUAUUCACAUAUGCCCAUAUUCCCCGCUCAUAUACCUGAGGACAAUAUGGUGUCCCCAAUGAGGAUUGUGAAUGGGUGUCUCGUGGAGGGUAUUCCAGAUAAGACUGGGGAAGGAUUUAUCUGGCCGCGACAUGCAAGUUGGGAGCGAGAGGAGUGGUUUGAAUGCGGGAGAGAGAGAGUUGAUAGCUGUGGAUUGCGAGAAUCCGCAUCCAAAGAUAUCGUUGACCUUCUGCCUUCUGACCCAUUUGAGAUGGGCAUAAACACAUAUUCAUUUGAGAUGGCUUUGAGAACCACUUUUACAGCACUUCGUGGUUGGCUUAAUGACCUGGAAAUAGAUUGUGGCAGAUUACAGAAAGAUAUUGUUGGCCCGAUCAAAGAGGAUUAUAGUUUUCUUAACGGAUUAGAUUUUAUUUGGGAUAAUGCUAUGAUGUUUUCGCACUCUUCGAGCAAUGUUCAAUCAGAUCAUAAGUUGAAUGCAUCGUGUUCCAUGAAUCCAUUACCCAAGGAAGUAGUCACUGGGGAUGCAUUGGUACCCUGCUUUGGUACAACAACAGUUUGCAGUACAAGAGAUAGUAGUUUAGGGUUUGACUGUGAAUAUACUGAUGAUUUUAUUGCACAUAUGGAAGAGGAAGAUUUGUCUUGCCAUGAUGAUGACAAUGGAGAAGCUCCACAUGAAGGUUUGUUUUAUGCUCUUGGUUAUCUUGGAGUCAAGGAUCUUUUAUCCGUUCAAAUGGUUAGCAAGUCGUUUCGGUCUACUGUCAAAGAUGAUCCGUUGUUGUGGAGGAACAUUCACAUCUUUAAGCCCUUAAAUGAGAGGAUCACAGAUGAUGCUCUUCAGCUUUUGUCUAGCAUGGCCAAAGGUAAUGUGCGAUGCCUAAGCUUUGUUGAUUGCCAUUUGAUAACCGAUGAUGGUCUAAGGCGUGUACUUGAAGCUAAUCCACGUGUGACAAAGCUCUGUGUUCCUGGAUGCACAAGACUAAGCAUCGACGGCAUUAUGAACAUUUUAGAGGCUUUUAACUCAAAACAGGGAAGUCGCAUAAGGCACCUGAGAGUCGGUGGCCUUUACGGCAUGACUCAUGAACAUUAUGAAAGGUUAAUGACCUUGCUACGCGCAGAUAGCCUCAACCAGAAAAGCGAUCACAACCCACAUUUUUAUUCAUGGAGGAGCCGUUAUCGCUUGUGUGAUGAUGACCGUCCUCUUGACAUUGAACCUUGCCCAAAGUGUGACCAGAUACGGCUCGUGUACCAUUGCCCGUCCGAGGUUUGCCGGGCGAAAGACUCUUCAACUCAAGAAUGCCGGGCGUGCAUUAUUUGCAUCCCAAGGUGCAUUGAGUGUGGCAAGUGCUUCGAUGAUGGCCCCUACGAAGAAACCUUUUACCUUGAAAAAGUCUGCGCCGAUUGCUUCAAUCGCAUGGAGAACCAAGGUGAGGGGGAUGUUGGUGGUGGUGGCUCACAUAUGCAUCUCAAUCCAUGUGAGUUUAGCCAAAACAUUUGCAUCCGCGGCUAGAUGGAAGCGUUCGUGGGGGGAGUCUCAAAUCUUAAUAAGGUAAUUUUUUAUGUGCAAAAUACUACUUGCAAAUUUAGUGUGCUAUAAUAAAAGUCAUGAAUAAGCUCGUUGACUCGAUUUACGUUUUAAAUAAACGACAUUUUUCCUUAAAAUGAAGGGAUUCUAAAAUCUUUUUACAUAUUUGUAUACCAUUUGUGUGUAUGUGUGUAAGCAUGAAGCCAUUUUCUCUCCCACCCAUUUUGUGUUUGUAAAUUGUGUUCUAGUGAAAUUAGUGAACAA